AUGCACCUGCCUCUCUUCUUUGUGGUGGCUGUUGCCUCGAGCAGCAUGGCCAUCUGGACAACAGCAACUGCUGAUGUGGGCGAAGCGAACUUUCAGGUGACGGGCGACUCGUCACCUAUCGUCGUUGUGGCCCAGGAGAGUGAACGACAUCUGCGAGCAUCUGACUCGCACUACUCCUCCACGGAAGGUACUGGACACCACAGAGACUGGGUGAAGAAUCCGCGCGACGGGCAGGUGUUCGUAGAGCACGUACUUCACCGAGCGCUAACCGACCCGAAAAAGAUGACUAGGCUGUUCAACAAAUGGUACGACGACGGCUACUCGGCCGAGGAGAUCUCCGCCGGGUUAUAUCAGCAUGCGAGCAGAGACCUCGAAGAAGCGUUCGAGGGUCUUCGUGCGAACUACGUGAAGUUUGUCCGGGUCAAAGAAUCCUCUAAUCAGAAGUAUCAAUGA